AUGUCAUACGAGCCAUUGAAUGAAUCUAGUGAGGAAGAUGCGGUUGGUAAACUAGCAGAAGCCGAAGAAGGUAUUUGUGGUCCAUUCCAAGUACAGAUAUCGGCAAAGUGAUUAUUUAAAAUUUCACCCUUCGCUUCUACAUCAGUAACAACAUCCUGAUAUGAAUUCAUCAAUGCCGGGAUCAAGGGCACACGAUCACGCCGCAUCGUAUGUUUCACUAGCGACCACCAACCUUUAGAAGAGUUAGAUAUUUUGCUAUUGAUUUUCUUGAAGUACUCUUUCUUAGCAUGAUCACAAGCUUCUAUAAACGAGACACAUGCAACAUCAUACCGUUGUUGAUUAAAUGAAAACGGCCGGCCUCAACUUUACAACAAUGAUAAGCAACUGGAUCUAGCAGUGGCCAACCUAGACGACAAGACCGUCAGUGUGCUGCUUGGUAAUGAAAAUGGAACCUUUCACACUCAAAAGAAGUAUCCGGUUGGUAGUGAGCCCAGCUCAGUGAUAUGAGGCGAUUUCAACAGUGAUAAGCGACUCGAUCUGGCAGUGGCCAACGCCGGCGGCAACACCGUCAGUGUGCUGCUUGGCAAUGGAGAGGGAACCUUUACGACCCCAAUAAGUUAUCCGGUUGGCAGCUUCCCACAGUCCGUAAUAUCACUUGAUCUCAACAAUAAUAAGAAACUGGAUCUGAUUGUGACGAACGGUGGGCUUGGGGAUUUGUCUGUUUUACUGAACAUCUGCAGUAACUAUUCAUUUAACUUUCAAUUUAUUGAUAUAUGAACAGGUUGUUAAUGAUGCGUUAGGAAUAAUCAUGAACUGUAAUAGAAUACUAUUUCUCGUAUUCAUUUUCCAUUUGUAUGUAUUACACAACUUUAGUAUUUAAAUCUGUGUGCGCGAAUUCAUUUUGUUUCUCGCUGACUAGUGGGUAAAGAAUAGCUACCAUAAUAUAGCAUACCAUACUUUUGCUGGGCAAAAGGCUUCGUCAGAUGGCGAAAAUAAUAUGUUUGGGUGAGUAUUAGAUGAUGAUAAAUUUCAAGCUACUUACGACGAUCGUUUCGAAUGGGGCUUAAACCAUUCAUCAUCAGGUAAGUUUUGAAUUUAAGAACCACCAUGAGGGUGUAAGGAUGUGUUUAUUCUAUAGAAUCAACAAUACUUGCACUUCCCUAUUCUUCUAACGUCGACCUUACUGAGAUUUCCCUUUCCUAAAAUGACAUUUCGCGCACGUGAUACUAUAUACCCGUCAAUUGUACUCAAAACCAUACACUAGAUUGGUGAUCAGUGCCCAAAGCUAAAUCGCUUAGACUAUAAAAGAAUUUUUCAUAACGACUUAUGGAUGAUUCCGUCGAAUAAUCCGUGCUACCUUCGAUACACAAAGUGUACUCCAUAUUAUUGCACUAUUGUAUUAGACAACUCGGCUUAAGGCCCCCCCCUC